GUUUCCUCUGGCCUGGCGGCGAGACCGGGCGCGCCUCCGCCUCCGAUCGGGGAGGGAUUCGGGGCUCCUCGGCUGGGCCCGGUCCCCGCAGCGCCUCCCCCUCGGGGCUCCUUCUCCCUCGGGAUGGGGGACCCUCUGGCUCCGCUCUCGACCGCCUUCUCCUCCGCGACCAUGGACGAUCUUCUCCCAUUGAUCCUUCAGCAAAACUGGGGUCUUCAGGAUCCUGCCCCCAGCAGCACUCCUUUUGUGGAGAUCAUUGAGCAGCCCAAGCAGCGUGGCAUGCGUUUCCGUUACCAGUGUGAAGGACGUUUGGCCGGCUCCAUUCCUGGGGAACGCAGUACGGACACCACGAAGACGCACCCUACCAUCAAGAUCCAUAAUUACGUGGGUCCAGGCAAAGUCCGCAUCUCCCUGGUGACCAAGGAAGCUCCCCACCGGCCCCACCCCCAUGACCUGGUGGGAAAAGACUGCAAAGAGGGCUUCUACGAGGCAGAGCUGGCACCGGAGCGCUCCAUCCACAGCUUCCAGAACUUGGGGAUCCAGUGUGUGCGGAAACGAGACCUGGACAAAGCCGUGGCAAAGCGGAUUGAAACAAAUAACAAUCCCUUCAAUGUGGCUGUGGAAGAGUUAAAAGGAGACUAUGACCUGAAUGCAGUUCGGCUCUGUUUCCAGGUGUGGAUUCGAGACACGGCCAGUGGCCACUUGGUUCAGCUGCCCUUGACUGUGUCGCAGCCAAUCUAUGACAAUCGUGCCCCCAACACAGCUGAGCUGAAGAUCUGCCGUGUGAACCGUAAUUCAGGGACCUGUCUGGGGGGAGACGAAAUUUUCCUUCUUUGUGACAAAGUGCAGAAAGAGGACAUUGAAGUCCGCUUUUUCAAGGAUUCCUGGGAAGCAAAGGGUUCCUUCUCUCAGGCGGAUGUCCACCGCCAAGUGGCCAUCGUCUUCAAGACUCCCCCUUACAUGGACCAGACGCUCCGUGAGCCUGUGACAGUUCAGAUGCAGCUGCGCCGCCCAUCAGACAAGGAAGUCAGUGGCCCCAUGGAGUUCCGCUACCUCCCUGAUGAAGGUGACUUCCAUCGCAUUGAAGAGAAACGUAAACGAACGCUUGGGACCUUCAAGAACUUUGUGCAAAAAACGCCCUUUGCAGUGACCCUUCCGGAAUCCCGUGCUCCACGCCGCAUUGCUGUUUCAAAGCAUGGCUCAGCUCGGCCCAACACUGGCGGUGUUCCAGGGCUCUUGGGAGUCCCAGGGCAACUUCCACCAUCCUUAGCAAAACCACAGACCACAAGCCAGCCUUCCUCUGGCUUCUCCUUCCCUGGGCCCAGCCAUGCCCCUCCUCCAGUGGCCACCAUGCAGCCUGGCUUCAGCACAGUCAACCUGGAAGAUCUUUCGGGCUUGGGUGUGUCCCAGAGAGUCCAGCCCUCCGAGUCAGAUGCGGAGACCAGCAUUGCAGACGCAAUCCUGCACCUUCACUUUGAGGGAGGGGACGGGGGAGCCAUGGAGCUCAGCGGGAUCUUGGAUGACGCACCCUACACCAGCCUGGAAGGCAUCAACACAGCAGAAUUCCGCCAGCUCCUCACAGAGGGAAAUGUCCCCACGUCUCUCCCUGACAACCAGGGCACUCUGCUCACCUACCCUGAAUCCAUCACACGUCUGGUGAGCCAGCGGCGGGCUGAAGGGGAGGCUGGUGGUGGUGAUGGCAGCGGUGGUGGCGGCGGAGGCAGCUCAGCCAGCAGCUUUGUCAAUGGCAUUUUGGGGACCCUUCCUGGCGAGGACAGCUUCUCUAUGGUUGACCUGGACUUGAACUCUCUCCUGAACCAGCUGAAUUCGUAAUGCAGUAUCUCCCUGGACUGAGGCUCAGGUGCCAACCGUCUUCUGCCCUUGCCUGGACUUGCAAUUUGUAUUCCCAUUUGGUGGCUUCUGGAUGGGGCCAUCCUCAACAGGGGCAGUAAGCUGUUGGUUCAACUUAACCUAACCUACCCCACCCUACCCUCUUUCUCGGAAGCAGAUGGCGUGGAUUUGGGCAGGGCCAGAUAUUCUUCCAGAAGUUGGGAGUUGUAGGGCUGGUUGCUUAGGGUAGUUGGCUACUGUUGCUCUAUUCAACUCACAAGAUGUUCCAUAUGUGAUUUUUAAAAUAUUUUUGCCGGGAAGGGAGAGGGAGAUUGCACCCCAUCCUAAUUGUUGCUGGGAUGGGUAUUUUUAUAUCAACUGGCUGUUUUGCCCUCUUCUUUAUUUCUGACAAGUUUCAUGUGCCUUUAAAAACUACACAACAAGCAACUUCUUAGCAAAUGCAAGUCUUCUUAGUUUCACACAGUUCUUCCUCAAAACAGGAAUAGGGAGGAUUAGGCAAAUUUGGUGUUACCUGUGAUUAGAUAUUUACAUGGAAGACCUCAUUCAGACCUGCCUUGUCUGAAAAUGGUUUGCAAAUGCCUUGAUACUGUUCCAGCUGGGGAAUAAUGGAAGAUAAUCUGAUUUAAAAGCCUCUACCCAUCCUGCAGCUGGACACAAGAGUUUUUUUAAAUCUCUUUUGGGUUCUGCUAAAACUGCUUUUGAACAGAAACAGAAAAAGAGGAAAAGCUUGCAGUGACUCACUCCACAGGAGAGAGCAAAAAAUCUUACAGCAGGAGGUGGUGAGAGUUGGGAUGUAUGUAUCUAGAGUAUUCCUAAGGCCUUUGAAUGGGAUUGGUUUGGGGUGGGAUAGGAUGGGGAGAGAAGAGAACCAGUGAUAUAGGACCUGUCCUGGAUGUGUUCUUUAAAAAGCAUAGUCAGCAACUUACCUGCUGUAGAAUUCAACCAAAGGGAGAGAGUGCAAAUCACUUUCCUGCUUAUUACUGCCAGUAGUGCAUGGGGCUGUCAAGAGUCAUCACAGGCCCAUGGACUCCCCAUCUAUCAUAUGAACACAAAUUGCACCACUUGCAUAGCUUUACAGGUGAUUGUCCCUGGAAUCUCCCCCCUCCCUCAUCCCUCCUUGGUGAGCCUGGUUAUAGUGCAUGAACAGGCUGAAAGUUCCACAGCUAGAAACAAAAACUCAGUAAGGGUGAGUGGCAGAAGUUUCCAGAAAUUCUAUCACACACACACCCCUUCCACAGACAUUCCUACGUAGGGAUUGACACCUGGCAUCUCCUUGACUUCCUAAUCUGAGUUCUUCCUCACCAGAAACAAAGAAACGAGUCACAUGUGAGUUAUUGGUAGAGGAUGGCUUCUUUUACUCUCUGCCACCACCACCACCACCACCACCCCAAUUAAAACUGACUGGGCUAAGACCCUAGCUGACUUCUGAAAAGGGAAAGAUGCCAGUCACCCUAUAGUAGAAAGGUGCCUAUGCUCAAAGGGUGUGGGGGAGCAGUAUCUGCUGGUCACUUAGGCUGGAAUGUUACAGAGAUGGGUAACAGUGUCUGUCUCUAUACCUACCCACCCAAUUUCUUUGCCUUGUUUUAUACUAUUUUAAGGGGCUUGGGGAGAAAAAAUGCUUGGUCACCUAAGUGCUGUUACUAUCAGAAUUGCCUCUUUUCUCUUUGUAUCUAAACUGGGUGCACUCACUGUUUUCAUUAUAGCAAGGUCCUAAUAAACUGAAGUACAUUCUA